GCGGCCAGUCGGGUCAGUAUCUUCUUGCGCGUCGACCCACUCACACGCGCGCCGCGUGUACCCACCACCAUCAUUUGUUAUCGCGUAUUCCAGUUGCACGUGCUUCGUCGAAUCGUGUUCAUAUUGUUUGUUUAAAUCUUUUAUUGCAGUUAGUUUAAUCGCCACUUUUUGUGUUGCUAAUUUUGAAGUUUUUUAUUAUUGAGUAUAAACAUAUAUAUAUGGAUUUAAAAAAAGAAAACGGAGUACAUGAGGUGGAGCUGCAGAUUGACGAAACAUGAACUAGAAGCAAUAGAUAAACAUUAUACUAUAUAACACUGUAUCGCUAAAUUUAAAAAAAAACAAAAUCGCCACUAGGAUCGCAAUCGGCAGUGAUCAAUAAUUUUGUCAUUACGAAGAAAAAUAUUGCUGAGACUAUUUAACGAGUGAUCAAACGACCGACGAACGAUUAUUUCGACGAUUAUCACCAUUCAAUAAAAUUGCUAGUUCUUGACAGGAACGAUACUUAAUAUUAAUUUAUGUCGUAGUAUCGAACCGAUGAUGUCUGUUAAAAAAAAUAAAGAUAUUCAUAUAGUGUGCGUGAUGACCAGGCAGCGAUGACAUGGAGGCGGCAGCCAGCGUGGUACAGAUGACAGGAGGUGGUGGACGGGUGGGGAUGAGCACGGACAUGUUCCUGUUGCCGUCCAGCCCGUACACGUCACCACCGGGGUUGAUAAUCACUACGGGAUCGCCCAACGCAGGCGUCCACCAGUACGCCGCGGCCACGCUCACUCUAUUGCGUCGCGACGCUUGGGUGUUGCCGGUGUUUAUACUGUCGGUGCUCACCAUGACCUUGAUCAUGACAUUCGAGAUAUUCGUGUUGUGCAAGACGAGGAAGACGGAGCCCAGCAGGAGACACCUGUUUCUGGGACAGGCGCUGUUGGGUGGUCUGUUUAUGUGCGCCGCGGUCAGCGGUCUCAUGUGUACUCAGCCGACCGUCUUGACAUGCGCCACCGUCCGACUGUGCACCGGGCUCGGGUACUCGAUGGUGUUCGGCACGUUGCUCGUCAAGUGCGUGUUCCUCAUUAGCCUCAACGGCGGCGUUUACUUGCCCGCGCCAUACCAAGCGCUGUUGCUGUUCUUCACGGUGGCCAUACAACUGGCCAUCGGUAUCCAGUGGCUCAUCUACUCGCCCCCGCAACUUAUGUCAUCUCAAUGGACGAGCAGCCUUGACAACAGCUGUGACACUAAGUACCAACACAUGCUGGGCUCGUUGGUGUACGCGGCCGGCCUUCUGUUGGCCGUCACUGUGUUGGCCAUUAAGUCGCGGCACAUAAGGGACAACUACCGCGAAGCAAUGUACAUCGGACUGGCCGUGGGCUGCACAGCGCCGCUGUGUGUGGGUUGGGCUGUGGCCGGACUCUGGGCCACGCAGCCGGGAGACCAGGACGGGUGUCUAGCGUUGGGCCUGGGCGCCACGGCUGCACUCAUCCUGCUCAUCAUGUUCAUGCCCAAAGGUCGGCAGCUGGCCGCCAUGGGUCGGGACGGUCUGUACGAUGAGGACAAGCUCAGCACGCUCAGUAGACCUGCAUCCCCGUCGUUUUUCCAUUUCAAACCGUUCAUGACUCCUAUGAAGCACACGUCGACAAUCAACACGUUCGGAGACCGAGUGGCGCUCGUCGCUCCGCCGACCUACGCUCAUCAUUAUUACCCGUAUUGUUACUAUCCGCAACACGGAAUAAGCAGUGCUGGCGGCGGCGGUGGCGGAGGAAUCGGAGGCGGUCACCAUGGUGGUGGUCAUCAACAGUCCAUCUAUUCAAGAUGUCCACCUGACAUGUGCAAUUUUUCGGGAAUGGACAAUAGCAUAUACACCACGAUGGAACCAACCAUGUCCAACAACCCUAACGUGUUUUUCCACCGUUCCGGUAUCCACCCCGGGAUGAUGUACUGAUUAUUGUUUAAGAGAAUACUACUUGAUUAUGUUUAAUUUUUAUUUGAUUUUGUACUUAUUUUUUUUUCUUAUCAUUAUUUAUAAAUAAUAGAACAUUUUAAAUGAUAUAACAAUGAUAUAUUGUACACGUUAGUGGUGCGUGAACGAAUUAAGACAGCCACGUAUAUGUGACGAAUUUACCAACCGUGUAAAACGAAAAACACACGUACAUUGCAAUACAACAAAUAUAAAGUGCAUUGUACAACAGGGAUAGAAAGAUAGGUACACAUGAUCUCUUGUGAUUAAUAUAAUAAUAUUUUAAACCAUUUUUCGAUCGAAACACUGCGCGGUCGGCUUUAAUUCAUAACACCACGACGCACACAAUGCGCACAAACUAUCCUAUACGUUCAAUCUGUACACGUAAAGAGUACAGAUUUGGUUCGUCGUCGGCAUAGCCGGUAUAAUAUGAUGCACAUAACAAAAAAAAUUAUAAUUUGCGCUGUACCAUGGUUAUUUUCGCUUUCGAAGUCUUUUUCGCGAUCGCCGUUUCCUUCUUAUGCGUGUAUAGACCACGUCUCGUUCUCGUUAACCUACUGGUAUAAAAAUAUUCGCACCAUACAUAAAUCAACAAAAAAAAAAAAAAGUAAAUAAA